AGACGCAGCUGUGAAGGGCGGGACCUCUGCGCAGCGCCGAUUAAAGGCUGCCUGCCUGCGCGCGUGGCGCCCAGGAUACCCCACUGCCAAGAUGGGGCUGACCGAGGAAGACAAGCAGCGCGUGCGGGCCAUCUGGGUCCCCGUGAGCAGACACGCCGAAGCCGUGGGCGUCGAGGUGCUCAACAGGUAAGUCCUCCCCGCCGGCUCCGGGACCCUCCCCAGGUCUGCCGUCCGUGGGUGGAGGCUGGAACCCCGACGGCGAGGCCGCUGGCAUGACCCUGUCCUCGUCCUACCCGCUCCCGCAGGCUGAUGGCGGCGCACCCCACCACCAAGACCUACUUCCACCACCUCGACCUCUCGCCGGACUCGGCCCAGCUGAAGGCGCUGGGCAAGAAGGUGGUGGACGCGCUCAGCUGCGCCGUCGAGAACCUGGACGACCUGCCCGGCGCCCUCGGCCAUCUCAGCGAGCUGCACGCCUUCGAGCUGCGGGUGUCGCCCAGCAGCUUCGAGGUGAGUCGCGCUCCCCGAGGCUGCCCCGGCCUCCCGCUGCCCUCCCCGUCGGGCGGCCCAGGGUCCUGCUCGCUCUCUCUAACGCUGGCGCUCUCCUCUCUCUCCCACAGUGCCUUAACCACUGCAUCCUGGUGACCAUCGGGGCCCACAGCCGCGGCUCCCUCGACCCGGCGCUCCUCCUUUCCGUGGACAAAUUCCUGGGCAGCGUCGCCCACGUCCUGACCUCCUGCCACCGCUAGGCAGGGCAAGACGGGCUCGCCCGGGCUCCCUCCCCGUCUUCUCCUUACUAAUAAAGCUUUGGGCUCUUUCAACUGCAG